AUGCCUGGCAAGAUUCCUGAGGAUGAGUCGAUGCUCGAUGCCCAACCGCUAGCCGAUCAAGAAGCCGAUCCAGAACAACAGGAGGAAAUGGAAGAAGAGGAAGAAGAAGAUGAGGAGGCAGAAUUUAUUGCAAAUGACCACCAGAGGAUAACUAUUCUUCCCGGUGCCGUCGAAACAGCUGCUUCAUUCCAGUUUGAAGGAGAGGAUCACACACUUGGGAAUGCGCUGCGAUAUGUUAUAAUGAAAAAUCCCGAUGUGGAAUUCUGCGGAUACACCAUGCCUCACCCUUCGGAACCCAAGAUGAAUUUAAGAAUCCAGACAUACGACUCGACCAACGUCUUUACAGUAUUAGAGAAAGGGCUCGAUGAUUUGAUGGAUCUGUGUGAUGUUGUUACCGAGAAGUUUACGAUAUCAAGGGAUAACUUUGAAGCUAGCAAGAUGCAAUAA